ACCAAAUCCAGUCCGCGCCCAGUGCGGGGCGGUCGCCGCCUCCUCUGCUCCCGGGGGGCCGGGCGCUGGCCCGAGCGGCCGCUCACACCCUGCAGGCGCAGCGGAGCCGCGAGGUCCCAGGCGGCCGCGCUCGGCGCCGCUCUCGCUCGCCACGGCCGGGCCAUGAAGGUGGAGUUUGCGCCGCUCAACAUCCCGCUGGCGCGGCGGCUGCAGACGGCGGCGGUGCUGCAGUGGUUGCUGUCCUUUCUGCUGCUCGCACAGGUAUGCCUCGGGAUUAUUGUGUUCCUGAUCAUACGCAACUACUGGUUCCUCUACCUCCCUUACUUGACAUGGCUUUAUUUUGACUGGCAAACCCCGGAGCAGGGAGGCAGAAGAUCCGAGUGGGUCAGAAGCUGGACCAUUUGGAGGUACUUUAAGGACUAUUUUCCAAUUCAUCUCAUCAAAACUUGGGAUUUGGAUCCGAGUCACAACUACAUAUUUGGGUUUCACCCCCAUGGAGUGCUGGUGGUUGGAGCCUUUGGAAACUUUUGUACAAAUUAUUCCAACUUCAAGGAGCUGUUUCCCGGCUUUACCUCCUAUCUUCACGUGCUGCCAUAUUGGUUCCGGUGUCCAUUCUUCCGGGAAUAUCUGAUGAGUAGUGGGCCAGUCUCAGUUUCCAAGAAAAGUGUGUCCCAUGUGUUAAGCAAAGAGGGAGGUGGAAACAUCUCAGUCAUUGUCCUCGGGGGCGCAGAGGAAUCACUGGAUGCCCAUCCUGGAAAGUUCACUCUGUUCAUCCGCCAGCGGAAGGGAUUUGUGAAAAUUGCUUUGACCCAUGGUGCUUAUUUGGUGCCAGUGUUUUCUUUUGGUGAAAACGAACUAUUUAAACAAGUUAGCAACCCCGAAGGAUCAUGGCUUCGAAAUGUACAGGAGAAACUACAGAAGAUCAUGGGAUUUGCUUUGCCAUUGUUCCAUGCCAGAGGAAUUUUUCAGUACAAUUUUGGCCUAAUGCCCUAUAGGAAGCCCAUUCACACUGUUGUUGGCCGCCCAAUCCCUGUUCAUCAGACCCUGCACCCAACCUCAGAGCAGAUUGAGGAGUUGCAUCAGACCUACAUGGAGGAGCUGAGAAAAUUAUUUGAAGAACACAAAGGGAAGUAUGGUAUUCCAGAAAAUGAAGCUCUCAUUUUUAGAUAGGUGUCGUCUUAGAAGACACGCAAGAGAGCGAGAGAACAUCCCAUUGAAAGAAAAGAUAUUCUAAAUAAAUUUUUUUCUUUGACAAUGGAAUCAAAUUUGCAACUGUAAAAUAUUAUGUAUGGUGACAGAUGUUGAUGUUUAUCUGUGGUGAUUAAAAAUCCAGUGGGUGACUAUAGGGUGAGGCUGGAGGUGAUGAAUAAGCCUUUUAAGUGUCUUUAAGUAGGAAGGUAAAAAAUUGUUUUACAAGUUGAGAAAAGGUUUAGAAUUAUUCAUGUGCUUAAAAACAAUGACAGCUUUAAAAGAUAAUUAGACCCUUUUACUGAAUAUCGCAAUAAUUUAAUGUGGUGUUUUCACUGAGUAUGACAGUUGUUCAGCACAGCUGGGACGUUUAUGAGACAAGUGUGUAAAAUAAUUUCCUGUAUAGAGCUGGAGGAGAUCAUUUUUUUUUUCCUGCUUGAACAGACCAUUUAUUAAUGAAUCAUGUUACUUUUAAGACUUAGAUCAUUUGAUCCUUUAGGUCAUAUUCAUAUCAACCAACACGUUUUUAUGUAACACUGCAGAAUUCUUAUGCCGUUUCAGAAAUAAGAUGAAUCCACCAUAUGGAAAUCCAUGUGGAUGAGAGCAUUUCUUCUCUUUUCUCAUUAUGCUCAGAAAUAUUCAUCAUUGUCAUUUGCUUAGAAAUAUGUUCAUUUGCUACAGAUAAGGGGGUCUUUUGGAAAACAUGCUUUUGAUGAGUUUUAAGACUUUGAAGGGUUUCCCUAAUGUCUCAGAUGGUAAAGAAUCUGUCUGCAAUGCUGGAAACCUAGGUUUGAUCCCUGGGUCAGGCAGAUCCCCUGAAAAAGGGAAUGGCAACCCACUCCAGUAUUCUUGCCUGGAGAAUCCCAUGAACAGAGGAGCCUUGUGGGUUACACUCCAUGGGGUGGCAAAGAGUCAGAUAAAACUGAGUGACUAACACACACACAUGAUAUUGAAAUUCCAAAAGGUUUUCAUGGUAAUACAAGGGCUUUAAUUUUCUCCCCUUAUGGCCUCUUCAAGUAAGACAAGCUCUGAAAGAAAGCAUCUUUUCUGGUGAGAUGUGACCAGUUCAGAGUUGACUCGGGUUGAAUGAUUCUCCCUAAAUCAAAAUGUCAGGUCCAAGAGUGGGAACUUUUCUGUUCAUGGAUGUCUCCUAUGGGCCUGAGUCAACUUAUGACACUUGGUACACAUGAAAUAAAUGCUUGUUUAAUGGAUGUAUUUCUAGGUGAACACACAAACAAACUUUGCCAUAAUGUGAAGAAUUUUUAAAGUUAUACCAGAAGAUGAAACCUAUUCUAAGAAAAGACCCACUUUCAGAAGGAGAUAAUUUAUGUCUGAUUGUCCCAUGCCAGUAAUUGACAAUACUGCGGGCUGGUUUGUAAGAAGCAAGUCAGAAGGUAGAUUCUGUAAAUUAGUUGAAAAGUGUUAAGAAGUUAUUCAUUAAGUAAGAAGACUAUCUAGUUUUCAAAUGAUCUCUGCUGCUACAUGUCUUUCUUUACCUCCUGCUCUCUUAGUAUUUAGGGGCAACUUUAUUGAAUUGCUCUAACUUAUUGUUAAUAUGUGUUAAAACCCAUAAUUUUUAAAACAGCAGGUCCUGGGCAAGAGCCUAGAUUGGGUUUAGCAACAGCAAAAGACAAUCAUUCUGGGUAAUGGCCUGAGUAGAAGACCAUUUCAUACAGGGAUAAGGGAACCUUUUCAAUUGUUCUAUGGAAGACUUUUAGGCCGGCAUCCCUUUGGCUUCAUAUGGUUGGGCUGUCCAGGAGUCCACUGACCCAUGGUCUUAAAAUUAGAUCAGUUUCUUUGUCAAAACUGGGAAUAGGACACAUCCUACUUUAUCCUCUCUCUCUCUCUUUUUUUUUGGCCGCACUUCAUGGUUUGUGGAAUCUUAGUCCCCCUGACCAGGGAUCAAACCCAGGCCUCAGCAGUGGAAGAAGAGUAGAGUCUCAACCACUGGACUGCCAGGGAAUUCCCAGGACACAUCCUGUUUUAAUAGAUGCAGAUAAUUUGACUAUAAAUUCUUUUUUGUAUUACUCAAUACCAAACAAAUGUAAAAGGAGAACCAUUGACAUGAAACUACACAGCUACCCUCUAGCUGCGUCCCAGGUAGCUCAGUGGUAAAGAAUUUGCCUGCCAAGCAGGAGAUAUGGGUUCGAUCCCUGGGUUGGGAAGAUCCCCUGGAGAAGGAAGUGGCAACCCUUUCCAAUAUUCUUGCCUGGGAAAUCUCAUGGACAGAAGAGCCUGGCGGGCUAUAGUCUAUGGGGUUGCAAAGAGUUCAAUACGACUUAGUGACCAAAUAACACUCUAGCUGGUCAGGGGUGAGUUUUUGUGAGCAAAUUGGUGAGGCCCAAAUAACCACAAUAACCAAAGCUUUUAAGUAUAAAACCCAUGAACUUCCUUCCUUUGGAAAAGUUUAUGUAAAUCUCAUGACACAGUCCUUUGCAAUUUCACCAUGGUAUGAAUUUUAAUCUCACAGUAGUGAGGGACCCGGCUGACCACCAGCUUCCACUGGAUUGUCUAGUGAGCAGUUAAAGCCCAUCUGUAGUAAGCAGAAGCCCUGAAAAAUAGGAAGAGUUCUGCUCUGAUUAAUUUAUCUAGAAUUUUGCUAUUUAAAAAAUCUAGACAUCAGUCUCUUUAAUUUUAACACACAUAAAAUCUUAUUUUUAGGUGAGUAUUAGGGAGUUUAUCUCUUCCUUUCUUAGGGUCUCCAGAGGUCUUAAUUCAGCCAGGCCAGAAGUCCUUUCUUAAACUCAAAGCAUAGUUUUAAGUCCCAUAUAGUCCUACAGAUGGGAGGGGAAUAUUUUGAUAGGAAUUUUUGCUACAACACAAUGUGAGCAAUAUGUUGUAUUCAUUAGUAUGAUUUGAUGGAGAUCUCUUCAGUUUUAGAAGUGCUGAUCUAAUGUGUAAUUGCCCAUAAAAUUUAAAUAAGCAAAACAACAACAAAAAUAACCCCAGGACACCGGAAGGGCCUAUUGCCUUAAGAAAAUGGGCAUUUAUGCUGUUUGAUCUGGACAUUUCUUUCUCCCGAUUCCUUUGCACACCACAUACAGGCUCCGUCAUUUCCUUUGUCCUGCAGCUAGAAGUAUUGAAAUUGUCUAUACCCAGUUAGGUCUGUUACACUCACUGAAGGCUGCAGCUUCGGAGCUUAUGAAAGCCAGCCAGUUUUGCUCUGUCUCAAGGGGAACCAGGGUGAGGGAUGCUCCAUGAUUUACGCAAACCCUUCACCAUGACUGUGAAAACAAAGUCUCUAUAUAAUCACUGAUGAUGAGUAAUCCUUUACGGUGUGUGGAGGGUUAAGAGUAAAAUCCCUACUUCCAGUGGAAGUUCCAUUUCUGUCAUGGGACACACAGAAGGUGGAGUCUAGAUUCAGUGUCCUUACCUUUGCAACUUUGCAUCUCUUCUGAACUACCUCACUGGUGCAGAUUGCCAAAUUUGUGAUAAAUCAGAAAACACGUUUGGGACAAAUUAUCUGUCUUCUUUUCCUCUGAAACAAGAGACCGUGUUAAUGGGAUCUGUCAGUUUUUUCCCCAGUAGCCCAAGGUUGCUAGUUCUCAUGUUUGCUUGUUUUUUAAAUUAACUGAUAAAAUGUCUAUUUGUGCGGCUAAGAAGAAUUCCUUCUAGUAGAAUUUGUAUAUCUUUUUAAAGGAGAAAAACAAGGCAAUCGUCAACAUAACCAAGUAGUUGCUCCUGUUUCUCUGGGAUGGCAAAUGCAGAAGCAAUUCUUUAUAUUUAAAACAAAGGGAUUUCUCUCAUGACUUGUAUUUUCAUUAUUUUAAUUAAUCUUCCCCAAAUGCCGUCAGCUGAGUGCCUUAGUGUAUUAUAUGAGAAGAAGAAGGUUAUCUCAAUCCACAGAUAGGUUUUCCUAGGUGAGGAUUUCCUAGGUGGUGGAAUCUCUGUGUUGUGUAUGUUUUGAUCCUGGCCCUAAGAGAGCAAGCUGCUGCUGUUUCUGCGUGAAUGGUUGAGGCACUGACCUGGAAGUCCGAUGGACAGUGCCAUGGGAGCCAAGUAUUAGAGCCAGAAGGGACUGCAGAGUCUGUCAAUGUCUCUUGCUGCAGAUGGAGCAGUUGGACCCCAGUGAGGCUGAAUACAGACUGGAAUUGACUCCAUGUUCUAGAUUGAACAGGAGGUACCACCGUCCCGUGACUGUUGAUUAGUAAACCCAAGAAUCCUCCUAUAAAGCAAAAGUGUCCAAAAAAGUAGAGUAGGAUUAAAAAUACACUUUAGGCAAGGGAUUAACCACUUGGCAGCCAGCUCUGUCUUGUUGGGAUGGAGAACAUUUUUCUUUCUUGAGGCUGGUACACCGCAUUGUUGAUUUUUCCCUUUUGCAAGAGUUAUUUUGGUGAUGCGUCUGGGCAAAGUCCAAGUUUCCAACAAUGAGCUUGGCCCCUGGAGCCUCAUGUAUCGGAGCUGUAGGAUGGGGCAAGGUGUCUCGGGCCCAGGGUGAGUGACGGACGCAGCAAAGAUCUUCCCUCUCAGCCGUGUUGUGAUUGUUAAUGCAGCCAAAGCAAGCUCAUUACUCAGAGGUGCAAACAGGGCUUCUGUCACCUCACGGUCAGCUCCAAGCCCUGAGUCCAUUCUGGCUCUGGCCUCAUCCGGCUGGGUUGUCACAGCUGCUUUUUUUUAAAUAGCUCUUAAAUUCUGGUUAAGAAUUAUCUUAGGCUCUAUUGAGAAUAAAGAUAAAUCUGACUUUCCUUGUAUUCCCAAGGGUUUGCAUGAUUCCCUCUUGUUCUAUUUGCAGACCAACUUGUAGCUUCAGGUCUUUUUGAUUGGAUUUCAAACCCUCAUUUACUGAGGUGCAGUCAUGUCAAGACAACCAGAGAAAAUAACCAUCCCACUCUUUUCUACUCUCCAGGCUUCCAUGUUCAAAUCACCCUUUAGCCUCUGGCCUUCCACUAAUUGACUAAGUGAAUUGGGAUCAUUGAGUUCCUAUGUAAAUAGAGUUAGGAGUGAAUGGUCUCCAAGGUUUCUUCUGGCUCUAUCUCUGUGGUCCCUCCCUGGCCAUUUUUCUGUCUUCAUGAUGACAUUUAGUUGGAGAUGCAGAUUUACCUACUGACUUUUCCUGUACUUUCCUCAUUUGACUGUGUUCCCCCAAGACAUGUGGUGAGUUCAAACAAUUGUCUCACUUUCCUGGUAUUUAUAAAACACAGAGUGCUACCAAAAUUUCUCCAGCAUUGCAGUGACUUUUACUCAUGAUGUUUCUUAAGAAAUAAUUUAAGUCUCUAAGUAAAAACCAGAGUAAUGUCUCUGAGACUGCCUGCUCUCUAUCAUUCAAUACUAGGGAGUAACAGUUUAUUACAUGUUAAAUCUUAUAGGAGAUGAUGAAUUUUUAUAUUUUCUAUGUUGGACAUGUGGCUGUGUGCUUUUUAAAAGUUGUUUGUAAAGUUUUGACCAAUAAAUGUGUUUCAUGUCCAA